AUGCCUAAUCACUUCCAGCGUCUGGAGAUCAAGACCUGCUCGAGAUCCCAUCUCGAACGCGUUGCUAAGCGACACAACGAGUCACGCGAGUCACGCAUACCUACCCAGAGCCAACCCCGGCGUACGUCAUCGGCCAUGCACUCUACCGCAUCAGCCGGCAGUCCCUCGUACCACCGUGAUGUGAGGCGCCAGAACUCCUUCAGGAACGAGCGCACGCUGAGUGUGGGGGGGGAGGACCUCACACACUUGCACGCACACGCACACACACACGCCCACACACACAGCAUGUACAAUCGCAAGGCAACCGCCGGCGCCACGCUUGGCCCCGAGGCCCAGGGCGAACAUACACCACUGACUCGGAAGCACAGCUACGAUCCCAGUGAAC